AUGGGUCACCUGGGAUCCGAGAGAGUCUUGGAUCUCGCGAGGGAACGGUUUUACUGGCCAUACACGAGAAGGGACAUCGAGCACUUCGUUACCCACGUCUGCGGCUGCUUAAGACAAAAACGACCCAAUUUACCAACUCGAGAACCACUUCAAUCCAUUACCACAACUUCCCCCUUUCAGCUUAUUGGUAUCGACUUUGUCCAUCUUGAACGUAGCUCGGGAGGUUAUGAAUAUAUAUUAGUAGUGGUUGACCACUUCACAAGAUACGCACAAGCAUAUCCUACUAAGAACAAAGCGGGGAUUACGGCCGCUGACAAGAUAUACAACGACUUUAUUCCCAGAUUUGGAUUUCCUGAACGAAUUCACCAUGAUCAGGGUAAAUAAUUUGAGAAUAACUUGUUCAAUAGGUUAGAGAAGUUGUCAGGAGUUGGUCACUCGCGUACAACUCCCUAUCACCCGCAAGGGAAUGGCACAGUGGAACGCAUGAAUAGGACACUUCUUGGCAUGCUUAGAAGCCUUCCUGAACAACAUAAAUCAAACUGGAAAGAUCACGUUGCGAAGUUAGUACAUGCGUACAACUGUACUCGUCAUCAAACAACUGGUUACUCUCCGUUUUUCUUGCUGUUUGGUCGAUCUCCGCGAUUGCCAAUUGAUCUUGCAUUUAAGAUGGAAAAGGCAAAUGAUCCAACCGGGUACCCUCAGUACGUGGCCAAAUGGAAAACAGCAAUGCAAGAAGCAUACGCGAAAGCUUCAACGGCAGCGAACAAGAACGCAAAACGGGCGAAGAAACACUACGGACAAGAAAGCUCGAUCAACAAUGUUAAAUGA